AUGUUGUCGUUGGUUUUUUGUUGUUUUUACCAUGUUGUUUUUUAUUGUGCGCUGUGCCUCGUAAAACCCGUCACCGUCCUACCCAUCACCGUCGAAGUCACCGUCCUACCCAUCACCGUCGAGGUCACCGUCUUACCCAUCACCGUCGAAGCCACCGUCACCGAGGUCAACGCGUCACCACCGGCAUUGGCUGCGUACGUCUUUAUUCUAAAACUUUAUUAUAAUUUGUUGUGUUAUUUUUAUUCGUCAUCCCCGACGAAUCCCCCAGAUUGGCCAGUCCCUGUGUAA